UUUCUAUUAGACACAUCCAAACAAAUCUCUCUCUCUUCCUUAAAAGCAAAUUUUGCUAAUCAUUUUCUCUUUCGAUUUCGCCGACGAUUACCGGAGAGUGUUUUCCGAUGACCUGUCUGCUUCCUUAAUGAGAUAAUUCCGUGCUUCCGCGAGUCAUUAACUAGGUGAAGAAAUAUCCUUUAUCUGAAGUGCAGGAUGAUUGCAUCAGCUGGGAUGCAUGAGAGGCGAUUGCGUUGUAUUACCAUAAAAGUCUUAAAGAGCUAAAAAGCAGAUCUUCUUCUCGGCUUGUUUUCUUGUUCUGCACACUUUUGAUUUACCAUAACAUUUUAAAGUGCUGAAUAGCAGAGUAUCUAUUUCCAGCUGGUAUUCUUGUAGUGCACAAGAUGGCGUCCGAAGAAAUUCUGAAGGCUGUUUUCCCAUUUCUGGAGGGUACUGAGCUGGCUACAUGUAUGAUAGUAUGCAAACAGUGGCGAGAUAUUGCACGAGAUGAUUACUUUUGGAAAUGUCUCUGUUCUAAAAAAUGGCCAUCAAUUUGUAAACGGACAUCACCUCCCACUGUAACCUACUAUAAUCUAUUUCAGAACUUUCAUAAAAGGCAAUACCGCCGGACGGUUCUCCCUCCGAAACUUUCCUUCAGUGACUUGGAGUUCUACAUUGACAUAUGGACUGAAGAAAAAAUAAUAUUUUCAGAUGUAGUACCAGGGCCUGUUCUUCAGAAGGGAAUCUGGAUCCCACCUCCUGGAAUCUGUGAUGUGCUUAGGUUCCACUUGGAAGGGCCUGAAUACAAGAUGACUCUACCGGUGGAACCAAGGUUUACAAUUCCUUUGUGCCAGACAGUCAGCGUCUCUGUGCUUGUUGGGCGCAAAGAUACUAAUAAAGCUGCGUGCAUUAUCAAGAAGUCCCUCUUUGAUUAUAUAGAUCGAACAGCAUAUCGUGCUUUAGCUUUUGACUAUCUUGACUUCUCCUCUCCUAUUUCGUUGUUUGUAUCUGGUGUUCGGGCAUGGAUAUCUUUGCUGUUCAUGGAUCAUGGUAAUGAGGGCGCACUUGAUGUUUUUGGGAUUGAGAUGGAUUUCUGUGAUGCUGCCAAUUCUGAACACGAGGUCCUUUGGCUUCUAGACAUGCUGGAGUGGAAGUAAGUUCAGUGACUUCCAGAUUUCUGUUAGGUGGUCAGUCGCCUAGUUGUUGUUCACUUUGGCUAAAACUUGUACAUAGUUAUGCUGCUAGAGUGGACAACCAUUUAAGCUGUGCACUAUUUCGAAUUCCAAUUUAAAGUUUAUUUCGUAAGUACAGUUUUAGUUAUAUUGUUGGAAGAAUCCUCAAUAAGAUACCCGUGUAUUAUUUCAUGUAUUAAUUAAUUGUCCACGACUUCUGCUGCGAAACCUGUUCAUCUUUUUAAUGUAUGACUAUCACAGUUAAUUUA